GGGAGAAGGAGAACUUUUUCAGAAGUAGAGGCAAUCUUGCCAGCAGAGAGAGGGAGUGCUAGAGAAAGGGGGCAGAGCUAUAAGAAAAGAAAAGAGGGAAGCAAGGAGAGCUGUUUGCCUAAACCCUGUUGGCUUUCCCAGUGUGUGUUUCCCAGUGUUGUUCAGCAAACCGUGUGGUAGAGGCUGCCACUGUGUCCCUGUAUCUGUGUGCUCGCUGCUGACCAGUGGAGAGUGAAAACAAGGGAGGUAGGGGGCGGGAGGGAGGAAGGAGUGCGCUCUGGACAUCCUGACAGUGGGCUUGCCCACUCAAGGCGGUUUUACACGACAGGUCCUGCCAACAUGCAGGAAAGCACAGGUGGAGCAAGAACGGAUGCUAAAGUGAAUAAUCAGUCAGAAACUACUAAAUGUGAAAUGGAAAGUGGUGACGGGAACACCGGAGUCCACACCAAUGGACUGGACUUUCAGCGGCAGACGGUGCCAACCACAAUCGCUAACGCACAUGCACAAGCCCUCCUCCAACAGUCUAAGUCGGAAGAAUCUGGUGCUCUUCCUGCCUCCGUCCAGCAGAGCGUGUUGCCACAGACCCAGCUAAUGUUGGCAGGGGGACAGAUUGCUGGAUUGACCCUGAGCCCAGCACAGCAGCAGCUGCUGCUCCAGCAGGCCCAGGCUCAUCUGCUGGCUGCAGCUGUGCAGCAGCAUUCAGCCAACCAGCAGAACAGCACCACUGGAGCCAACAUCUCGGCCAGCGCAGCCACACCAAUUACCCAGCUGCCCCUGUCGCAGCCCAUCCAGAUAGCCCCGCAGCUACCACAGAAUCUAACCCUGCCUCAGUUUGUCCUGGUUCAGCCUGGCCACCCGAUAGCAACACCAUUGCAGUCCGCUCAGUUCAUCAUCUCGCAGACGCCGCCGGCCCAGCAAGGCAUGUUGCCAGCCCAGAGUCUUCUAUCUCAACUACCUCAAAGCCAAGCUAACCUCCAUCCGACUCAAUCAAGCAUCACCCUCGCAACUCAGCCCGCGUCUCCGACCCGUACGACAGCAACCACAAACAAUCAGAGCCUGCCCCACAGUCAGACGCCACCCAAGAGGUUGGACACCCCCACGAUGGAGGAGCCCAGUGAUCUUGAGGAGCUGGAGCAGUUUGCCAAAACUUUCAAACAGCGACGAAUCAAACUGGGCUUCACGCAGGGGGACGUCGGCCUGGCUAUGGGGAAGCUGUAUGGAAAUGACUUCAGCCAAACAACCAUCUCUCGCUUCGAGGCCUUGAAUCUGAGCUUUAAGAACAUGUGCAAACUCAAGCCUUUGCUGGAAAAGUGGCUUAAUGAUGCAGUUUGUGCAGAGAACCUGACAUCUGACCAGUCCUUGUCCAGCCCCAGUGCCCUGGGCUCCCCAGGCAUGGGCAUAGAGGGCAUCAACCGCAGACGGAAGAAGAGGACCAGUAUCGAGACCAACAUUCGAGUGGCCUUAGAAAAGAGCUUUCUGGAACAGAACCAAAAACCUACCUCUGAGGAGAUCAGCAUGAUCGCUGAUCAGCUCAACAUGGAGAAGGAGGUUAUCCGGGUCUGGUUCUGCAAUCGCCGACAGAAAGAGAAGCGGAUUAACCCGCCCAGCAGUGUCAAUAAUGGAGGAGGUAGCACCUCCAUCAAAACCAUCUUCACCCCCAGCAGCCCUUUGGUGGCGAGCACAGCAAGCCUUGUUAGCAGUCCAGCUAUUAACACAUCCGCCACCCUGACUGUAAACCCAGUGAUGCCUGUCACCAGCACCAGUGUCUCCAGUUUGGCUUUCACAGGCACAACAGUUGGAGCCACAAACACUGCAUCUGUCAUCUCCACCGCACCUGUACUUACUACGUCAACCAGCGCUCCAGCUAUAAGCCCAUCCACGACCACUAUUCAGUCCACAUCCACAGAUACCAAAGCCGGUGUUCAGACGCUGGUCACGCAGGCUCCGACGUCCAUAGCGACAUCUUUAGGGACGGGGCAGUUGAUGGUGGCAUCUCCGGGGCUGACCACCAGUGCCAGCUUUGCCGCCAUGGCUGCAGCUGCAGGUCUUAACCCGGGCCUGAUGGCAUCAUCCCAGUUUACUCCAGGGGGUGCCUUUCUAAGCCUGACUCCUGGGGGACUUGGCAGUGCAUUGAGUCCUGCUCUUUUGAGUAACAGCACCCUGGCUACAAUUCAAGCACUGGCAUCGAGUGGCUCCAUCCCCAUCACGUCUCUGGAUGGCAGCAACCUGCUGUUCGCCAACACCUCGGCCACCGGCACACCCAACCUGGUGACCACGCCGCUCUUCUUCAACCCCCAGAACCUGUCGCUGCUCACCAGCAACCCUGUCAGCUUGGUGUCGGCGGGGACAGGCGGGCUCCAGGUCACCGCCGACGGCCACCACCAGGCCACCACCGCUGCCAUGCCUGUGCAAGCCUCGACCAUUACCACUGCCUCCAAGGCUCAGUAAAGCCUGGAAUCUGACGCCUCGUUUCCUGCCACGAGCACUACUCCUGUCACACCGUGUGGGGGAAUAAGACGGUCGUUUGACGCAGGCUUCACUACCCACCCCACACUUUUCACGUUAGAACUAGAACAUUAUUUAAUCUAUUUGCUGCCACCAAAAAGAAAACAUCCAAUAUAAUUGGGCUUAGUUUUUGUUUUCUCUCUUCUUUUUAUAGUUCUCAAACUUUUUGUUUCACAAACACUGUUGUUGGCCUGAACCCUCCUGUCAGGGAGGGACAAAAAACUUGGCAAACUAUUAUGUACAUAUUUCCUCCUAUUUCCAGGUCAGAGUCACCUCUGACACUUCUAACCAAAAAACAAAUACGUUGUCCCUUUUAACAUUUAAAAUUGACUAUUUUUCACUAAUUUCGCAAUGUUUAUCAUGACUAACUGGGCUUUGUGCAUCACUUUGUCUUUAUCUGUUUUUUUUAUUAUCUUUGACAGGCCUCAACUUAAAUCAUAUCAAAGUUGUACUUUAAUUUCCCCUUUUCCUUUCCAUGUAUUUUUUUAGAUCUUUAUAAUUCUAAUAUUAAGUUAAUAUUCACCUAUCACUUUUUAAUCGUGGUUAUAAGGCUUUAAAAACAAGUAAUAAGUGGCCGAUACAAAGGUUAUCAUUGCUUUAAGGGUCGGAGGUGACUGGGUGGGUCUCUCUGCGUCUCUUCUCUGGAAACACUGAGUUUUUCAUGUCGCUGUGGCGGUCAAGAUGCCUCCGAGCUUUUUUAAAAUGGGUUGGUUGUGGAUUGUUGACACUGAUGGAAAAUGGCUCCAAAUAUGUUGUGUGAAGAGCUUUAUGGUGAGCGAGCUGCAGCCACGCAUCCGAUUGAGGCGGUUUGGGUCGCCAUCUGCAUUCUGCGGCUCUUUCAGAUCCGUUCUUGGCAGUGUGUUGUUUUUCGAGGAGGGCAUGUGGUGGCGGCACUGGCUCGAUGGGGUUAUUUUAUUGUGGGAUUAUGUUUCGUUGUUCUUUUUAAUAGUAGUACUGUCGUAUAUAAACUUGUGCACAGUAUCUGUACCAAAAAAACUGGGAUUGAUGAGCUGCAAUCUGCCUGUUUUUGGAAGGAAUGAAUAUGUACUUUAAGAUAUACCAAAAAUAUUUGUUAAACUAGUUGCUGUGUGUAGUCAGUGUAGCUUAGUCUAGAUCUCUCUUCAUUGUCAACAGAAUAUAUAAAUGCAAUAUUUUGAUGACCAUUUUCCAAAGAUAACAUUUGUUUUUUUUUGUUUUUUUAAUUGGCAGCACUACUCGCCAACGAUUGAGAGGGAUGGGAAGGGUUUGGUUGUGAGAAAUAGGUUUCUUUUUUACUUUUCUGAAACAUUUGUUUAUUUUUACCACCUGGGCCUUGCCCGCUAUUUUUAAGCUGAUUUUUCAGAGCCAUUUGAAGACUCGCUUCCUUUUCUAAUCUGUUCUGGUAGCAUUUUUGACGUUUUUUCUGAAGCGUAGUGGAAAGUAGGCAUGGGCCGGUGUGAUAGCCUUGAGUAAACGCUAUUGAGACAAAAAUCUAAAAACCAAACUGUGUACCAUAAUCUAUUUGUUUCCAUUUUUUAUAAACUGCUUGUCAGCCAGCUUGUAGUUUGGCUGGCUGUCAUUUUAAAGUAGCUACUUUUUGAUAAGAGGGAAGGGUUUUUUGAGGAUUGAAAUAUUUCCAAACAGCUGAUAAAGGUACUUUUUUCUUUGUUUUGUAAGUGAGCGAAAAGUGGCUAGCUGACCGGUAGUGCACAGCAUCAUUUGGUGGCAGUGCAUCUCUGUUCCAAAUAGCUGGGAAAAAACUCCUCUGGCAUUUCAUUAAAAGGAUUUUUAAACAUAGGAACUGUUUGAUGGAAUAUUUGCAGUUGUAAUUUUGCAACUUUUUAAAAUCUCGGUAUCCUUCGAUAAAGGCAACUGGCCCAUGCCUAAUGGAUUUUUAAUUUAUUUUUGUUGGUUUUGUACUAAUAUUCAGCCAUAAAACAACAGCUCGAACCAAAGCGGUUUUACUCAGUAGUUGCUGUGCCUGUCGGAGCACGCAAGUUGCUGUUCACCUGGUUUCUACUACUCCCCUCCCUGCCCCCUCAAGUAGUUUUUCCUCUUCUCCCAAUGGCAGAUUCUCCCUGAUUUGGUGCUGCUGGAUCCGGAUCACACAAACUUAGCUUUAACAACUUGCUGCUGAAGCUCCCGACGGGGAGCCGAGCUGUCGAGAGGCCUGCAUGCUUCCUUUAUAGCUUUAUGACUACAUCCUGCGGUAAUCAGGGUUUUGUAGUUUUGAUCCUCCCGCCAGGAGGACUCACCUGCGUAAAUGCAUAAAUACGAUCGUUGGAGAACAUUCUUCACCCUCUUCUUAGCGCCACCACUUGGAACCAUUGUGUCUGUGGACCGGUUUUAACCCCAACCGACAGUUUUGGAAACGGCACAUUCAGUAAAACCCCUCAGAAAAUUAGCAUUGAUCUGUAACCAAAUGAUGACUUUAAAACAUGAAAUUUGUUGACAGGAUCCUCUUUUUAAUAAUUGUGACUAAAUAUACCUCAGCAGCACUUCAACAUUGGUUCAUCUUUAGACAUUUCUUGGUGUAGAAAUGUGUAAGUACUGUCUGGGUUUGCCAUUCAGAGGUUAUACUGCUCAUAGGAACCAUAACACAGAGGACAACCUACUACUACUACUGCUAUUUUCUAGUACUACUAUUUAAGGACAUUUGCAGGUUUAAAUGUUGUUUUGAGAUCGUUCCUGCCAAAGUAAAAGCCUUUGCUCUUCGAAGCUUUGUGGAUGUCUGUUGCCCUCCACCCUGCAGGGGGCGCUCAGUCCCACCUCCCCUUGCCCCUCUUUGUCAUUAUGUUUCACCUGCACCACAACGAACCAGCUGGCACCAUAGGAUGUUACUUAAGUCUUUCCUCAGAUAAAUAUUUAAGAAUUAGUGAAGCAACCUUUUCUUAAUUCUAUACAUAUAAAUAUAUAUAUAAACACUUGUAAGAUAUUCAUAUUUUAUAUUUGAACUAGUAUGUUAUCAAGAUUGAAUGUAGUGUUUAUCAUGCUAACUCAAAAGAAUAAAUCUCCCUGCAAUCUUUUAAUGCUUUUUGUUUUUAAAUUUACUUUUUUGUUUUUAACUGACCAAAAAUAUGAGAGGAAAUCGGCGAGGAUGGCUCCGUUCGGAGGAGCUUGAGACCUUAUUGCUUUUUUUUAAUUAUUAUUAUUAUUAUUGCUAAGAUUUUAUUUUGAGUUAUUUUGACAUUGAUUUGCUGUGUUGUCUUUAACAAUCAUUUUUCUUUAACCUUAUGCCUUUGAUUGUCAUGUAUAGCGUGAGAGGAUAAGAUCACUGGCUUUCGUAGUUUAAAAGAGAAGAUUAACAUUAUCAUUUAUGCCUUACUGUUAGACAUGAGCAUUGUAGCAUUGUGUUGGUGUGUAUGUAUGAAUGUGUGUGUGAGGACUAACCUGGUGCAUUUCACUGAAAAUGGUAGAUAUUUUGGGCAUUUAAAAGAGUGGAAUAACGAUAUUUGCUUUGCUUCAGGCAGGUUGGGAAAAGCUCAAUUAAUAAUUGCAGUGGCUUUUUCUGUGUGUAUGUGUUUGGGUUGUCUGCUAACCUUUAAGGUGCAUUUUCCCUUAUCUUCCAGCUGGUGUAAGGAGUGAUUUUCUUUUCUUUCUUUUACCAAAAAGGUUGUUAUAGGAGUGCUUGGUUUUUUAUUAUUUGGACUGAGUUCGUCUACUGAUUAGGCCACAAGCUUCAAGCAGGCUAUCUGAAAGAGCCUGCUUUAGGAAAAAUCCGACAGUUUGUGGUCAAAAUUACAUUUUUAUGAGCUGUUUUCUUGGCUUUUAGUGCUUCACUGUCAGUAGGUGAUCUUGAGACUUCAAGGCGUUCUCGUGGUUAAACCAGGGGGCUAUUUUGAGCCCGGUUAUGUCGGUUUGCUGUGGAGGAAGAACAGGUGGACCACCAGUAAGGCAAAACAAACUGUUGUAUACCUCAUUUCUAACUCACAACUGAGUGAAACCUGCUUUAAUCUACUUAAGAGAUGAGAAAAAUUUUGUGAAAAGUAAAAAAAACAAAAAAACAAAAAUAAUAAUUAUCAGUGGAGAAGCCUGCUCAUACCUGUACUACCACAAGGUGGAGGCAGAUUACACACCAGUGCUUGUGAAUGUCUGCUGUUUUUUAUUCACCACUUGUGCACACGUUAUGUCCUUGCAUUUGUCAAAACUGAAAAAAAAACUGCUAUCCUUUGUUGCCACUUUAGUUAUUUUUCCUUUCACCCAUCUUUGUGUUUGAACACUUCUCUUUAAGUUUGACAAUCCAGUUUUUUGAUGUUUGUUUGUCACUCUGACCCGGUACAAGUAUGCGCAGGUUUCGUCCCGUCGUGGCCCGCUCUUGGUUUCCUGUGGUACCAACGCUAACCAAAGACUUCUAACUUGAUUGUACACGAGCAACGCUGGCGUCUCGCCCAUCCCCGCCUCACUGCUCAGCAUCUAAUCCAGGCUGCACUCCCUCCCCACGCCACCAUGUCCCUCUUCCUCGACGGCCCCAACGCGUUUCGUCUGUAAGGAGCUUGGCUUGUCUUUCCUUUUAGUGAAUGUGCGUCCCGUCGGUGCAGCGGUUUCAGUGCCUGUGGGCGGGGAUCGGAGGGGGCUGAGCGGGCCUCUGUGAUAGGCACGAACCAAUGUGGCGACAGCUGGGUGAUGUUUGUUAAUACAUGCUGGGGGUGGAUCCUGUGCACGCUGUACCUGCUCAGGACUUUGUACGUUUGCCUCCAUCCUCCCUUUCUUCCACUGUUUCUCUCUUUCUCUUUCUCAAGGACUGGGGUGAAAAAUGUCUCAUCUUCUUUCCCCCUUCAUGAUCUACACGUCUCCAGGAAUACACACCCUGCAGUCAUGAAACCUUCCCUUCAUCUUCUCCUCAGACUCUGUGACACUAUGCAUCACGGUCCGUCCCCGCCCGGCUCAGACCUUCUGACCAACGGGGCUUCGGUGACACUUUUGUCGAAGGCUUUACUCCAGGCGAGGCCAUCCUGGCCUCACAAGCGCUAUCCCAAAGCAAAAAUCCAAAUAUUUAAACUUUUUGACAAACGCAGAUACCAAAGAUAUCUCUCUCUGUCCUGUGUGUCGCCCUUCCCGCCCUGCAGCAUGUGUAUUAAGAGACAAAACCCAGCUCUGGCUUUUAGUCUUUAGCCUCAGUAAUUCCAAAGCUUAGAUGUAUAUUUUGGUAUAUUUCUGAGAAGAAGAAGAAAAAAAAACUUGCGUGAAAAGUGUCUGUUGUAAACUUUUUUUAUUUUCUGUCACAGCAUGGAACUAAUUGCAGAGCUGUCUUACUCUUAGUAGGUGAAAGAUAUAGUAUUUUUGUAUGGUUUUUUUGGGUGUCAUGUGUGCGAUUAUCAGUUUUCCGGCCCAGGCAACCACAGCUUUCAAUAAAAAAGAAAAAUAAGAAGGAAAAAAAAAAAAGGAUGCCAACCAUGUACAUAAUACGUCAGUGUAUCUCAAACUGCUUUCUGUAAAACAUUUCACAUUGGAAGCUUGGGCUGAUCUAAAGGAAUGUGUUCCUGUUUUAUUUUCCUCCUCUUCUUACUCUGCAGUCUAUCGAUUUACUUCCCAGAACUCGAAUGUAAAGAGUUUUGGUUUUCACAUGAAAUACAACACUGAGAGAGGGACACUGCUCUGAUUAUUGUUCCAAAAAAAAUAAAAAAUAAAAAACAAGUAAGGCCUCCUGUCAUGGAGGUUUAGAAAUGGAAGAUUGUGUAGGAGUUUUACGUAUGUGAAUCAGGAUACAUAGUAGAUUUUGAUGCAUUUGUCUGCUGUAUUUUUCUUUUUUUUUCUUUUGUUUUUAUACACAUACAAAGAUAAUCUUUUACUGUAAAUGUACAGUUCUUUUUUUGUUUUUUUGUUGUAAACAUCAUUAAAACAGUUUUCCAAGUGUCUUGA